CACCUGUGUAACUCGGCGUAUGCUUUUCCAGGUCCUUGUAUGUAUCGUCUCGUGUUGCUGCGGUUUAACAACGUUCGUCGAGCUCUCCCAGUUUUACUACUCCCUGUCGCCUAAGUAACAGACGGUCUGUUUAUGACAGGACACCCGCCCUCGCCAUUUUACCGCACGCCCUCUCCGAGAGUUCUGGCCUUCAAGGCUCUAUCCCCCGCACUGCCACUCUCCACCAGGUCAUAUCGAGGUGCACCUUAGCUAUACCACCUUGUCACCAUGGUAGACAGAUUUCCAUCUCUGGAAGAGUUCGAUUCUGUCGUCGAAACAGACAUCAAACCUUCCGGUAUAGAGCCUUCCGCUGAAGACUUCAUCGCCCGUGAAAAGGCCUUCUUAGGUGAUGACGCUGAGCAAUUUGCUGGCAAUAACAAUGGUUCCACCUUAGAGCUCGGACAUGACUUCCUUGCUGGUGACAAUGCCGAACAGCAGAAGUCAACUCAUGUGUCGGACUGCCCCAAUGUUGGAAACGAGCACGAGUCAGUUGCCUCUGCUGGAAAUAUUACCAAACCCAGUAUCGAUUUCAAGUCCGGCUUUCAAACGACCGUCGAAGACGAAGCAGAGCCGGAGGUGACCAAGGAAUGGCGGGAGCGCCGCGAUGUACAGAUUCAGAAGCGUGCGGAACUAUACGCUGCUCAGCGGGAAGAGACGAUCAAGGAAGCGCAGCAUCAGAUUGAUGACUUCUAUGAAAAUUACAACAGCAAAAAAGAAAAAUCCAUCGCACAGACACGUAAGGACGUGGAGCAAUUCAUGGCCAAUCGAGAGGAUACUGUAUCUGGCGGCACCAGCUGGGAGAGAAUUGCGAAGCUCGUGGAUGUCAGUGGCAAAGGACUCAAGGGUGGUGCAGCUGGUUCUGGCAAGGAGCGCUUUCGUGAGUUGCUCGUCAGUUUGAAGAAAGACAGCAAGGCUCCUGGAGCCGAAGGCUACUAGGGAAGGCCAAGUCUCGUGAUUUUUACAGGCCUUGACCAAAACCCCAGAAGAUCAUGCUCGAUCUACUUCCGGCCAUUGGCCUUACUUAGUAUCCUAAUAUGGACAUGAGUCUUGAAGAAAAUUCCCUCGCACCGGUGGACUUUUUUGGAGCAACGACAACAUAUGAGUUGGUGUCGUGCGAUUGACGAUGAACUCCAAUUUGCUCUCGAUUACUUCACAUUUGCGUCUCAAUUGAAUGUGUAUUGAGAUCUAUGUAUUGGACACAACUUCCCUCA